GGUAACUGACAAGCCCAUUGAAUGCUCCUUUGUAGACUUGUAGAAAGCAGGUGUAAUCCUUUAGCUGGGCUCUGGUUUCCUAGUAGUGAGAGCUGGCGUACGGAGGGUGAUGUCUUUUUAAUCAUAGAUGAGCUUGCAAAGGGGCUGAUUCAGUAAAUGCUGAGAUGUCUGGGUAACUCUCUGGAAGAAAAAGAGGUGAACUCCUGCUUUGCAGAACAAAUUCCAGAUAGACACAUAGCUGGGAGGAACGGAUGCGUCCCUUUGUUGAGAGUCAUUGAGCUUCAAGGAGUAGAAUCCAGAUUCCCUGACCCAGCUGAUGCUUCUGAUCAAGAGUUCAGAUCCCAGAAGAACUUCAUCAUCAACAUGACUUGCAGGUUUUGCUGGCAGCUUCCUGAAACAGAUUAUGAGUGCUCCAAUUCCACCAGCUGCAUGACAGUGUCCUGUCCUCGGCAGCGGUACACAGCCAACUGUACAGUGCGGGACCACAUUCACUGCUUGGGUAAUCGCACUUUUCCCAAAAUGCUGUACUGCAAUUGGACUGGAGGCUAUAAAUGGUCCACUGCUCUGGCUCUAAGCCACCUUGGUGAUGAAACCCCAAUUGGGAGCACUUACGAGGCCAGGCCACUUUGCCGUUGUGUUGCAGCAUCACCCUUGGAGGCUUUGGAGCAGACCGCUUCUACCUGGGUCAGUGGCGCGAAGGCCUGGGCAAGCUCUUCAGCUUCGGAGGCCUGGGAAUAUGGACACUGAUAGACGUCUUGCUGAUUGGAGUCGGCUACGUGGGACCUGCAGAUGGCUCUUUGUACAUUUAGCUGUCGUCAUGUGCUUCAGAGAGAGCAGUGAUUAAAAAUGUCCUUUGGCCUGUAGGAAUCGGUGAGGUGUGAGUUUAUGUUUUAAUGUAUGGUAUCUGUACUUCACUUGCCUUGAUGAAGGCAAAAUAAACAAAGAAAA